GGAUAUUUGGUUAGGCGUCAGGUUUAAAUGUCGCGUUACUAGGUAUAUGUGCAUUUCGCUAACAAGCUCGUUAUGUACUAUUGCUAUUUGCAAAAUAAUCUAAAUGGAUGGAACUAAAACCAUAAGACGAAGAACACAUGAUUAUGAAUUUAACGAAAACAGUCAGUUCAAACGAAAAAGGAAAAGAGAAAAUGAAACAGAUAAUACAAAUUCAGUGGAAAUAUUAGGCGAAUCUCAUGUAAUAUUCACAUCAAAAAAUACUGGAAAUAAUCAUUAUUGGAGUCAGGAUGCUUCAAGACAUAAUACAAAAUGUUUUUUUCCAAAUGGAACCUACGGUGAAUCAAGACUUGUGGAAAAUCACACUCAUAAUAAUAAUAACAGCAGUGGAAGACAUUUUUCACCUGGUCCACAAAAUGGACGCAGUAAAGAAAAACUUCCUAAUUGCAAUUUUGGACGUACAACAGCAGCUGAAAUCCAUUCUACUCUUCCAUCCCUCCCUCCUAGCUUGAGAGAAUCGGAACGUAUGUUACAUGUUCAACGUUGGAUAAAUAGUAUUCCACCGGAUUUACCAUCAUGGAUACAAGUAUCACAUAAUAAAAUAAUCCCGGUUACUAAUCCACAUGAAUGUUAUGCUGAAAUAGAAGAUUCAAGUAUAUCUGAACUUCCAGAACCAUCAGAUCUCUCUCCUAACCAUGAUAUUUUAAAUUGUAAUCCUGGUCAUAAUUUUAAUUCUGUCAAUUCGAAUAUGAAUUAUGGUUCUAAACAAUCAAAUAAUCAUUCAUUUAAUCCUUCAUCUACACAAAAAUCAUCAUCUAAAAUUCCCAAUGUUUCAAUUGCAUCUCCAUUACAAUCCACUACAUUGCCACCAACCCAUACACAAUCAUCUUCUAUUCCAAUGCAACUACAUGGAUGUAAUAAUAAUAAUAAUCAUACUACUUUAGGUGGAAUGGCUUCAAAAUUUUCAACUAUACCAAGUGGUAGUACAGUUAAUUCUCAUCAAAAUCUACAUAAUCCUAUGCAAUCUAAUCAAGAUAUCAAUUUAUCAAAUCAUCAACAUUCACAUCAAUAUUGUAUGAAUAAUGAUCAGAAUCGAUUGAAUUAUUCAUCUAGAGAUCCAUUAUUAAGGCAUCAUAUGGACUGUGAACCACCGAAUCCUACUACGACUACAACUAAUAAUAAUAACAAUAACAAUAGUAUUCAUAAUAGUCAAAGACAUCCAAUUGGUGAUUCUAUGAAUUCCAAUGGACGAUUAUUCAAUGAUAUGGAAAUUCAAAUGAUAGUUAAACCUCGAACAAGAGCAAAUUUACAAUACACAAUGAAUUUAUCAGACCGCAACAAUAUGGCUACAUGUAAGUUGGGAUUAAACGAACAAGCGCCCUUCAUACGCACACUCACUCACUGCUUUUACAAGAAAAUAUUUUUGUAGCUAUUUUAAUGACAACAACGAAAGAUUGAUAAUUAUGAUUAUGUACAUUGAAAAGAUUGUUCUCUUCGUUUUUAUAUUUGUUUUUUUUUUAAUACAAUUUAACCUUUGACUAAGUUGAU